GGGGCCAGGCCUGUAAACCAUCCCCAGAGCAUUUUUCAAUAUCUCGAGAUAUCAUCAGCGUCACUUUUAACGUCCCACGUCUACGGCCUCUACGCUCCGCUGCCCAUCAUGUCGCGCUGCCAGGCCGUUAUGCGGCCAAUCGCUCGGCAGCUGCGGCCCAGCGUCGCCCGGCCGUUCACCUCUGCCGCAAUUCGACGAUCAGCCGAGACUCAGACUGCCACGCCCAGCACAGCAGACCUCGAUCCCAAUACGGUGCUCCCCGAGUUUGAGCAGCAGCUUAUGAAGGCUGGAAAGAUGCCAAUUGGAUCACGACGACGAAGAAUGGCCAUUCGGAGCACGGGCGAUCUGCCGUUUGAGCAUCUCCCGUACCAGGCUUUUCAAGAGGCUCGCAAGAUUCUGGCUGUGGAUCGUGAAGAGAAGCUGGCGGAGAUUAGCAAAGAGCUUGACAAGAUUUCUCGGUUAGAAGCUACGAGUCCGGAAGAUAUCAAGGGGGGACAGAAGAUGAAGGAUAUUAAAACCAAGAGUCUGCACAAAUAUGUCGAGAGGCUCAAGAUCCUUGCAGAUGCUAACGACCCCAUUGUCAAGAAGCGUUUUGAAGAUGGAACAGGCGAUAUGAACAAGCCUAUCUACCGUCACUACGCCGAGGCCAAGUGGCGCUCCUACGACCAACGUCUCAUCACCCAACGUAUCAAGCAGUUCAACAUCGUCCCCGAUGUCCUCCCCAAGCUCGAACCUACCGCCGAUGUCCAGCUAUACUUCCGCAAGCUCAAGAUUCCUCCCGGCCAGAUCGUCGACAGUGUCGUCAGCGAGAACGCACCCCGUCUUCGAGUUCAAGUCUUCGACAAGGGCGAGAGACUCGUCUCUGUAGUCGUCCUCGACUCUGAUGUCCCCAACCCUGACUCCGAUACCUUCAACAAGCGCUGCCACUUCCUCGCCGCCAACAUCCCCAUUAGCCCUACCGAAACAUCACUACCUCUGAGCAGGAUAAAGGGCGAGGAUCAGCUUGCUCUACCGUGGCUCCCCGCAUUCUCCCAAAAGGGUGCCCCAUAUCACCGUCUCGGCAUCUAUCUCCUCGAGCAGCAACCCGGCAAGAAGAUCGACGUCGCCAAGCUCAAGGAACUAUACAGCCAGCGCGAUGGAUUCUCGCUCAAGUCCUUCCGCGACAAGUUUAGCACAACACCCUUUGGGUUCAACAUGUUCCGUAGUGUCUGGGACGAAAACACCGCAGCUGUCAUGGCGCGACACAACAUCCCCGGCUCAGAUGUCGAGUUCAGACCUACGCGUGUGUACAGCCUCAAGCCUCCCGUCAAGCCUCGUGGAUGGGAAGCCAAGCGACAAGGACCCAAGUACCGUCACCUUUGGAAGUACACCAAGAACAUCAGAGGCAUCUCCAACUCGAGGGGAUGGAUCAAGAGGAGGUAGAGAGAUGGAUGAGCGUGUAUCAUAUUACUGUACAUUUAGAAAAUGGGAGAGUACCAAGAGAAGUAAAUCACGUACAACUCAA